AGAUUAUUCAAAAAAAAAAGUAGAUGCCCCGCAUCUUGUAAAUACCGGGUUAAGCUCCUCUUGCUCUUGGUAUUCUGUUAUCAGCCAGCUGAAGACCAAGGUGAACAUAAAACAGUUAAAUGUGUUUUUCCACACAAAGCUUACUCUCUGACAAAUCUGUUUUAGGUACAUUAUUAAGGUUUUACUUGGACACAUUACCCUGUCAAUAACAUGAAAUGUGAGGCAAAUCGAAGCCUUUUUGUGUUGUUGUUUUGUAGAGGUAUGUCACGCCUCUGAGAUACUAUUGGCUGAUAUGCAGGGAGAAAUGUUGUUUGCUGAGCAAUUGCGUGCUGGUUGGCUGAGUCAUGUCAGGUGACUUAUGACUCGCUACUCUGACUUCCAGGUCAGAGUGUGUCACAUGAUUACUCAGUCAGACCAGCUAGGGGAGUUCCUCAGUCUUUUCAGAGGAACAUAAAAAUAAACACUUUAAAACAUCAUCUACACAGAGGCUGUUUUUAAGGUAAUACUAUAAGAAUUAUUUGUGACUGAACAGAAACAUGGUUGAUGUUUAAGGUUCAACUUAAUGUUUAGGGAAGACUGAGGAAAUGGUACAGGAUAGGAAGUGUACUGCAUGUCAUGCGUUUAGUUUUCAGUAGCAGCAGAUGUGUGUUUGAUUAUAAGUCAGCCAUUUCCUCUAUGUUUAGUAAUGAAGAGCUGUGUUUCAUAUCUUCCUUGAUGCUAUCUUCAGAGUGAGUAGAGCCUCGGGGAUAGUAGUGAGUUUCUUGGAGCCUAGAAUACUUUUUUUUUGGCUCUUGCCAGAUGAGAUGUGUGACUGAUUUACGUGUUAAUUGCUUAGGCAAACAGUAUUUUCACAGGUCUACAUAGCUGGAUAUUUUACUGGCACGGAUCCGGUUAAACAAGUUGCUUAAGGUGGUUUAAACGGACUGCCUUAAAUUUACCACUGGUUGGCACCCUAACCUACUACACCUCCUUCCUGUCUGCUUCUCUGUUUCGCUGCGUUGGAUUUGUCGUCUGCUCGCUGUGAUCUGAUUUCCUUUGCAAUCUUCCUCCCUAAGAAGCAGACCGAGCCUAACGUCAAGAACAAGAUCCUAUACCUGAUCCAGGCCUGGGCUCACGCCUUCCGCAACGAGCCCAAGUACAAGGUGGUUCAGGACACCUACCAGAUCAUGAAGGUGGAGGGUCACGUCUUCCCAGAGUUCAAGGAGAGCGACGCCAUGUUUGCGGCGGAGAGGGCUCCCGAUUGGGUCGACGCAGAGGAGUGUCACCGGUGCCGGGUUCAGUUUGGGGUCGUGACCAGGAAGCACCACUGCCGGGCGUGUGGGCAGAUCUUCUGUGGCAAGUGCUCCUCCAAGUACUCGACCAUCCCCAAGUUUGGCAUCGAGAAGGAGGUGCGCGUCUGCGAGCCCUGCUUCGAGCUCCUCAACAAGAAAGCGGAGGGUAAAGGAACUGCUGGGGCCCCAGCCGAACUGCCCCCUGAGUACCUGACCAGCCCACUGUCCCAGCAGUCUCAGGUAGUAGUCACGAUGCCCCCCAAGCGGGAUGAGGCGGCUCUGCAGGAGGAGGAGGAGCUGCAGCUGGCCAUUGCCCUGUCCCAGAGCGAGGCUGAGGAGAAGGAGAGGAUGAGGCAGAAGACCACCUACUCUGUGUACCCCAAGGCGGACCCCACCCCCGUGACCUCCUCAGCCCCCCCGGCCAGCACCCUCUACUCCUCUCCCGUGAAUUCCUCAGCCCCCUCAGCUGAAGACGUGGACCCAGAGCUGGCACGAUACCUGAACCGGACUUACUGGGAGAAGAAGCAGGAGGAGGUGCGCAAGAGCCCCACCCCGUCUGCCCCUGCCCCCGCACCAUUGGCCGAGCCCCUGCCAAUUAGCCAGCCCGUGGAGAGCCACAUUCCGGUUCAGCCAAUCAGCAUCGUGGAGCAGCAGUACCAGAACGGCGAGUCGGAGGAGAACCACGAGCAGUUCCUGAAGGCGCUGCAGAACGCCGUCACCACCUUCCUGAACCGCAUGAAGAGCAACCACAUGCGCGGCCGCAGCAUCGCCAACGACAGCGCCGUGCUCUCGCUCUUCCAGUCCAUCAACAACAUGCACCCACAGCUCCUGGAGCUGCUCAAUCAGCUGGAUGAGAAGAGGCUGUACUACGAGGGCCUGCAGGACAAGCUGGCCCAGCUGCGGGACGCACGCGCGGCUCUCAACGCUCUCCGGGACGAGCAUCGCGAGAAACUCCGCCGCGCUGCCGAAGAAGCUGAGCGCCAGCGACAGAUUCAGCUGGCCCAGAAACUGGAGAUCAUGCGGCAGAAGAAGCAGGAGUACCUGGAGAUGCAGAGGCAGCUGGCCAUCCAGCGGCUCCAGGAGCAGGAGAAGGAGCGGCAGAUGCGGCUGGAGCAGCAGAAGCACACCAUCCAGAUGCGGGCCCAGAUGCCAGCCUUCUCGCUGCCGUACGCACAGAUGCAGUCCCUCCCACCUAGCGUGCCUGGGGGGGUAGUCUACCAGGCGGCGGGCCCCCCCAGCUACCCCGGGACCUUCAGCCCCUCUGGAUCAGUGGAGGGCUCCCCCAUGCACACGGUCUACAUGAACCAGCCAGGCCAGGCUGGUGCUGCGCCCCCCUACCAGGCCAUGCCGGUCUCUGCCACAGACCCCAACAUGGUGAACGCCUACAUGUACCAAACGGCGGGCUCCGGCGGCCAGGCCGCGCCCCCAGCCCAGGCCCCGCCCACAACCAACCCCGCCUACUCCAGCUACCAGCCCACCCCCACGCAGGCCUAUCAGAACGUGGCCUCCCAGGCUCAGCCCAUGCCCCCCAUGUCACAGACUGCCCCCUCCAACGGCAUGGCUUACAUGGGUUACCAAGCCUACAACAUGCAGAAUAUGAUGUCAGCACUGCCCGGCCAGGACCCCGGCAUGCCGCCCCCGCAGGCAUAUUUGCCCGGACAGCAGCCAAUAUACCAGCAGAUGGUGCCCCCUGGUGGCCCCCAGCAGCAAGCGCAGCACCAGCCACCUCAGGCAGCACCGGGCAGCACAGAGGCUCAGCUCAUCUCCUUCGACUGACCGCCUGUCUCCCUCCCGCGUCCACCCCCGCCCCCCCUACUGUCAGGAGCCUAGCACACUACACCCCAAUAUGCUCCCAUCUCCCCCCUGCCCCCAGCUUGCCUCGUGUCACCACCCCUGUCUCCCAUUUCCCUGGAAACGAAACGCAGCGAGAACGGCCCGGCCGUCUUCCUGUGCACCGCUGCUGUGUCCUUCCUCGCUCCGUAGCACAUGCUCAAACGCUUUUGGGAUUUUGUGCAGGGAGCGCAGAGAUUGUCGUCUCCCUCCUGUGUAUCUAGUGAUUCCUAAAAAAACAAAAAAAUAGUUAGCGACAUCAUUAAAUGAACAUUUGAAGGGUGAGGCGUAACUUUUUUCUUUUUUUUUUUUUUAUCGAAUUGCAUGCUUAAAAAAAAAAAACAUUUUAAGGUGUGGAAUAUUAUAGCACCUCUGCCACCGGCUUUGCUGUAAUUGGUCGAAGUUGGGUCUAAUAAUGGUUUUGAUUGGCUGAUACAGAGGGAAUUCAGUAGCUCCUGGAAGGUUCCAUUUUCAACACCAGGAAUGGAGAUGCCCCAGUUAGCUCAUCUAGCCACUGCUGCUUAUGCCCCCCCCCUCCCCAGGAUGAAAAUCAUCAUAGUCUGUCCCAGUCUGUCAUUAAUAAACUUCACCUCUAUGUGAGGCUUGCCACAUAUUGCUGACCACAUGGUGGCGCUGUUGGAUUCCAGUGCUACAUAGUCAUCAUUCUCUGUCUCCCCCAUAAUUAUCACAUUAGUUGCUUCGCAGAUGUAUUUUUUUCUGCAGCUACUUUUACACUUCUAUUCGUUACUCUCUACCUUUUGUGUAAAAAUUUGAAUAUUUAAGCACUACGCUACCUGCUACGCUGCUCUUUUCGUUGCGUCACCUUCAGACUGUUCUAUGCAUGUAGCAGUGAGAGGUCUGUCCUAUAUAUGUUCACCUUAGAGCAGUGUGCCACUGGACCACCCAUGUGACAGACUGGGUCAUAGAAAGUAAAUCAUUUCCAGAAGUAACUGGGGGGCUUGUUUUUGUGAUGUCACACAGGGUCACCUUAAGGACACCUGUCUGACACCCCUUCAGCUGAAGCGUUUUGUGGGUAUUUGCCCAUUAAGACUUCAGCUUUAAUUUCUUGCACACAUUGACCUAAUUGAGCCAGAUAAACAUUAAUAUAAAGGAAAUAGCCCCCUUGUGGCUGAGCUGUGUAACUGCAUUGAAUCUCCAACAGCUAGACUUUAGUUGCUGACGGGUUUAGUUACGAACUUAAAAAAGAAGAGACAAGCUGAACGUCAGAGACACAGAUUUACAUUAAGCUUGCUCACAUGUGCCCAGCUCGUGGCUUCUAUAACCUUCUAAUGUCAUUUGUGAACUUUUUUUUUUGUUCUACUUGUCAUGCUGAUCUUAGUCUAUAAGAUCAUUCAGUAAUUUUAAAAUUAUAUUUAAUAAAUAUUGUGUUCCUCUGUU